CCCUUCGUUUCGUCUCCCUCCGACACCCUCUAAUUUAUCCACUCGCCCCGUUCCAGCGAACGGGUCGCUCAUCCCCUCCCUCUCGCACCCUACAGUCUAGCUAUCGCGCGGCGCGCAAUAACUACCCCGUGACUCUCGAAGCGUGACUCCGAAGCGCUCUUUCCUCUCUCUCUGUCUUAUCUAUCUCCCCGCCGCCGACGUUCUCCCUCCCUCUCGUCGUCGUCGCGUACUCUACACCCCGCGCGCGUUCCUCCUACCCUCUCGCACAAAUCCCGAGGAUGUGUGUGUAUACGUGCGAGAACGAGCCUCUCCUCAUCCGUGUGACCUGCGGUUUCUCCGGCGUUUUCCUACCCUUAAUAGCGCGAGCACACACAGUGCGCCCAUCCGCCGCGGCUCGUCACUCCGCGCCGCGAAGCGUAUCGCAGGACACGAGGGUGCCCGCGCACUGCUCUCUUUCUAGCGCGGUCCGAAACGCUUGUCAGCGCGCGCCGACGCUCUGAACGUUACGUCGCGCGGACCCGAAAUUCCGACGCGUCGCGAGCGGAUCCAACGCGACGACUUUUCUUACCCGCAACAACCGAACGUAUAUAAAGCUGCUGCUGCUGCUGCUGCUUCGUCGUCGUCGAUCGUUUUGGAACGGACGCGUCGCGACGAUGACGGGACGAUGCAACAACGUCGCCGGUAUGCGACGAGUAUGCGAUCAGUGGUAGUGACUCAGGGAAGGUGACAGCACUGAUAGUGUACCUUGGCCUCGGUGUUACACGCGCGAGAAACGCUUUGCGCGCCGCGGGUGAACGAAAGAAGGAGAGGAGAAGUUAGGUAUCAGGUUGGAGCUCUUGAUAGGAGUGGUGGUGAAGAAGGAGAGAGAGAGAGAGAGAGGGUGGUGAAGAUAGAGAGAAGGGGGUGUGAUAGGUGGCGGAAGGACGAUAGGGAGAGAGGAACGAAGGGUGGGCCCUCCAAGUGUCUUGUCUCCUAUCAUCCUGUCGUCCAGGGUAUCGCUUACGAAUGUCGCGCGAUCGAGCGAUCCGUCUGCGCGAUCCACGACGACGACGCGCGAGAACGUCCUGGCGACGGCCGCGCAUCAUCGACUACUAACGAGCGGCAGUCUCGUCAUCUGAGCCACGAUCAACGCGCCGUACGUACCUGUGUGUGUGUGUGUGUGUCUGUGUGUGUGUAUGUGUACGCGCGUGUGGGUGUCUCGUCCUGAUAUGCGAUCAUCCAAGAGGGACAGCCGAGUCGCGUCGCGCGAGACGUCGGAUUCCGUUUAACCGUCGGGAUCGGCUCGCUACGAGAAUACGAGUAUCUCCAAGUCUCGUCGAACCAACCUUGUUUAUUCGAAACGUCGCGUAUCGUUCGGGCUAGCUGGGCUAGCCCGCGGAAGAACUGCCGCAGCAGGAGAUCUCCCCGAGUGGACAGGUGGCACGCAGGAUGUCCGGCGAGACCGAGAUCGAGGUUUCGGUGGUCUCGGAGGAGGAUCUGGAAUUGGAAGGUUCCAGGAGCAGUUCGACGCCGGCGGAACUGCUACUGCAGGAGAAGAACGGCAAGUCCGGUUGCGGCCUGAACAAUCAUCACCACUCGUUUAGCUUCGACUCGGUCAGCAAGCCGGCGCUCAGGCCGGCCUGCAAUCCGCAGUACACGUCCUUUAGUAUCUCCAGUAUUCUGGGCAGACCGGAAUCGCCGCCCGUCGAUUCGACAACGUCCACGGGUUCCGGGGAGAGACAGUCGUCGGACGUCGACAGGACCUCGCCGUUACCGCAGACCAACUCGCAAAACUCGCAGAGGAUCCCGCCGUCCUGCGGCAGCCCCGGUAGAGUCCUGUCCUCGCCGACGUCACUCAGGCUGUCCGGCGGCCAGCGCGGGAUCUCCGCGACCGGUCACCCCGCCUUGGAACCCAGGGCCAAUUCCGCGGGUAUCGGUAUCGGAUGUGCUACCAGUGCUACCAGUCCGGCCGCGACCUUCUCGCCGCCCGGCGACGCUUCCGCCAAUCCGCUGCUGGGACACCAGGCCUCGGCAGAUCUCGCGAUGCUAUCAAGAUUGAUAGCGAGUCGAUAUCCGGUCGGCAUCGGCGGCCUGUUCUACCCGUCGACGCUGCAGCAUCUCCAUCAGCAUCAGCAGCAGCAGCAUCAGCACCAUUCGCGACUGGCCGCAGCGGCGUCGUCCGCUCUCAGCAACGCCGUGCAAGUUGCUGGCCAGUCGCCGGACAUCGUCGACGCCGACGGUAUUCGCGGAGUUUUGCUCGGCGGCGCCGGCUGGCCGUUUCCGUGGAGGCCAACGCACAGCCUGCAAACGCUCGAGCAUCCCUCGCCGAGCGACGUGGUCGGCACCCUCAGCCGUGUCAGCCCUGCGUCCGCGUCUUUCCCGCAGCGAGACGAGCUCGACGACGACAACGGCGACGAUCGUCUGCACCGUGCGAGGAGUCCGUCGAGUGGCGACGAGGUUCACGACGACCUCGGCGAAGGGGAUGAUUGCGCGGACGCCGACGGCGAGGGCGAAUCCACCUCGACGAGUCUUCACGGUACUUCGGCGAGCGGCGGUGGCGGUGGUGGCAAUAACAAUAACAACAACAGCGGCCAGAACAACGUGCAAGUCGGCGUGGACGGUCGCGAAUCGAACAGCAUAAAGCGCAAGAAGAAGACCAGGACGGUAUUUUCCAGGUCGCAAGUGUUCCAGUUGGAGAGCACGUUCGACAUGAAACGCUACCUCUCGUCGUCGGAGCGAGCGGGCCUCGCCGCCUCGCUCAGGCUCACCGAGACCCAGGUGAAGAUCUGGUUCCAAAAUCGGCGGAACAAGUGGAAGCGGCAGCUGGCCGCCGAGCUGGAGGCCGCGAAUAUGGCACACGCCACUCAGAGGCUGGUAAGGGUGCCGAUUCUAUAUCACGAGGCGUCAGCUGGCACCGCGACGUCCGGCGGCGUCUCCGUCUCGGUGUCGGCACCCGGACCCCCGGGUCCACCGCCGCCGUCGUCGGUCGGCGUCACCUCCGCCUUGUCGCAUUCGGUCGGCGUCGGCGUCGGCGUGGGCGUCGGCGUCGGCGUUGGCACCUCGUGCGCGCCUACCACGGCGCAGCCCAUCUUCUACUCCCAUCACCAUCAACACCACCAUCAUCAUCCGGCGGCGGCCCACGUGCAGGCGCACAGUCUCCUGUCCCACCAGGUGCACCCUCAGCCGCCACCCCCGCCCCCGCCCCCGCCCAACGGCCAACCACCCCGGACGUCCUCGCAAUAACACCGUCCGACUUACGAGGGUAGCCUGCGUCUGCUGAGGGAGACGACGGUGAUGAGCGACGCGACGACGACGCCUUCUUGCCUGGGUCGCGCCAUCAGGCUGAUCGACGUAGACGAGUAGAAUGCAAUCGUACGGGUCCUCGCGAUCGUCCUAAGACAUCCUUUAACCCGACAUCGCGGAUCACACACGGCGCAGCUGUCCCCUCGGCGGUAAUCGAGACCGAUAUUGGAACUCGAAUGGUUUUCUAGUGCGGACUAUUGGGCGACUAAUUGGCGUGGAUAAAUGUGAGUAUAAGCGGGAAAUGUAGAGUUUUCUCUCGACUAUAGAAGAUUCAAUUUGAGAAAAUUCCAUGAAACCUACUGUAUUUUUUGAGAUUAAAACAAGAGUUUUAUAUCAUCCUGAUGAUGAUGAUUUUACUUUCUUCUCCUGCAGCGCAUCUCGUGGCGGUAAAUAAAAUAUUUUGUCGGAAUACAAACGCGAUAAGUGGAAACUCUACAUUUUCUAAGCACAAGCUUAUACUCAUAUCUCUAUUCAUAUUCUUUAUCUUCUAUUGUUACCUAGAAAAAUAUAUAAUCUUUUGCAAAUUAUUCAAUAAAAUUAUUUUGGCGCUUGAUAAAGAGGCAUUAAGUCGCAAAACGCAAUAUUAUUUGUCUUGAAAAAAAUAAUGAUAAUAAAUGUACUAAAUUAAUAAUACAAAUAUUUUAUUGAUAAUUAAGAAUUGGAUAAUAUUUCGUUUUGUAAUUAAAUUAUCUUUUUCCACGGAAAACCAAGACAUUUCAAGAUUUAGGCCUUUUUUUCAUAUCAAGCGCCAAAAAUAUUAUACUAGUCCGCGCAAUUGUGCAGAGAAUUGAACUGUGAUUAUAAUGAUUUUAAACUCCCUUUCCUCUCGAGCCACGGACGACGAAAGUUGGCCGCGAUCUCAUACGGUUUCUCUUUCCGGUUUGUCGCCGAUGUAAUAAUAUCGCGCCGUAUAA